AUGCUGCAUCCAAUUUGAACGGGAAUAAAUCCAACUCAUAGCAUACACACCGUCGCACUGUGAAAACAUUGUCAUUACGCUAACUGUUGUCAGCGACCGCACACACAACACAUUUUAAUUCCGAUCAUUUAACAUAAAUCACAGACGAAUCCUUCAAUUAUUGACUUUUGAGAUUGACAAAUUAACGAUAGCAUUUUACGACAUAAAAUUAUAAAAAAGCAGGUGUUAAGAUUCAAUUUGAAAUAACUUAAAUUCGCUCGAAAUUUGUGCUAUUUGAUUUGUAAUUUGCUCGAUUCAAGUGUAAUCUCAGCAACUUUGUGAUUGUGAAUCGAUUUUCAAAGUGAAUUCCAAGUGUUUGCUAUUUAUUAGCUGAGAUAAUAACCAUAUUUGAAAUAUUGUGUGCGAAUGUUAUAUAAAUAAUCUUUUAUUGUGAUUGGAGGGAAAAUUGCGAACUAUCGAUACUCGUUGGUUUAUCGAAAAUUUGUGUGUCAGCCGUCACCUCUUUUCUUAAAAAAAGCGCAUUGGAAUAUCUCUCGAGUUUUUUCUUUUGAAGUGGUAAAGAAUAUGUUACAAAAUCCAAAGUAUAACAUGAACUACAUUUCGAAUUUGUUGGGCAUACGAAAUGGUAAUACUACAAUCCAAUCAAGCAAUUCAGAAUGUGAUUUCGAUGAAACACAAUUAGAACGGUUAACAGCAUCCAGUGGCGGAAAAUCAUUUACAAUUGCAUCGAUUUUGGGAUUGAAGAAGAAAAAUGCAGCAAACAAUAAUGUUGAUACUGGAAAUACAAAACAAAAAGAAUUGAACGCAAUGAAUCUAUCAAUUCAUAAUAAUCAAACAUAUCCAAUGCAAAGUAAAACAUUCAGUGGCAAUGGUAAUAUGGAAGUACUUCAAAGCCGAAUUCCAUCAAUGGCUUUUGCUCACCAUCAUCAUCAUUUGCAAGGUUCACAUGGACAUCCGGCACCGCCACCACAUUUCUAUCAACCUAUAAAUAACGCAAAUAACAAAAAUAAUAACAAUUUAGGCAUGGCCAAUCACAAUGGCACCACUUCCGCACUACAAAGUCUACAGCAACAAUUUCACUCAAAAAGUAGUCCAAAUUUUCCGCCAUUUCACGGAAAGGAACAACGAAACAAAAAUGAACACGCAAUAAAGGGGAAAUCAUCCAUGAAAAACAAAAGGGUUCGAACGAUUUUUACCCCAGAACAAUUGGAACGAUUAGAAGCUGAAUUUGAGCGGCAACAAUAUAUGGUCGGACCAGAACGGCUAUAUCUUGCGCACACUCUCCAAUUGACUGAGGCCCAAGUAAAAGUGUGGUUUCAGAAUAGACGCAUAAAAUGGAGGAAACAUCAUUUAGAGGUGACACAACAACGGCUAGCUAUUUAUCGACAAUGCCAAGUGCAAUCGUCGCCGGAAAAUGAAGCUCGAGUUGAUGGAAAUGAAAAAGCACCUAGCAUCUUACCGGCCUCACCAGCACUUACUGAUUUUGAUAGCGCUACAACAACUGGCAACGAAACUUUGGGUGCGCAUGAUUCAUCGGAAUUAUCAAUAUGCACCGAUUCUAUGGACUCAAGAAUGAACAAUCAAGAUGAUGAUGGAUUAUAAUUUUUUAUUCAAUUGACCAGUUCAAUGGAUAAUUUCAAAAAAGAUGAUUCACAUGAAUCAACA